ACUGGACUAACGACGCGCUUUCAUUCUCCGUACUCUGUUCUGUUAACUCUGUUUUUGAGGUUAUCCCAUGACAUUUUCAUAUAUGAAACUAUUGUACAGAACAGAUUUCUAUAUUAUUCUAUAAAAUAUUUUACACCGCUACAUUAUUUGAUAUGAUUUUCGAAAUGUCUUGAUAAUACGUAAGAUGUCAUCUUUCGCAGAGACAUGUUUCAGUAAAAUUGCAAUUACAAGUAAGUACUAUUGGUACUGCAGUGUCUUUAAACGACUUUAAACAAUUCAUUGCAAUGGAAGCACAAACAGAUACUUCUGUUUUGCGACCGCCAGUUAAUGUAAGAACUGUGAAUACUGGCAAUAUUUUUUAUACCCCUUUAACUUCAUUCGCUGAAAUGUGGUAUCAGAUUUUUCUAUGGGCUCUAUUUUCUUCUAUUUUUGUUCAUACUAUAGCUGGCGCUAUGUGUUUUGCUACAUUAAGGCAACACAAGUAUGGAAAAUUCUUCCCAUUGCUGAUUAUAAUAAUGGGUGUGUUAUUGCCACUGACAUCUGGAGUUCUUAGCUCUGCCGCUGUUGCUUUUGUAUAUAGAGCAUCUCGAUAUCCGAUGUCACCAUUGUAUGCUUUACUGUGGGGUAUCGGUCAAACUGUUGUAGCAGGAUGUGUUGGGUUUACAAGAAUUUUAGCAACUUUAUAAUCCGAGUCGAAGUUUGCAAAUGAAUGAUGUACAUAUAUGAUGUGGUACAAAAUAAGUUGUUAUCAAGGUAUAUAUAAGCAUGUAUUAUAUUAAUGAGUGAAGAUUAAUGAACAUUUUUAGAAACACGAA